AUGGAUAGAAAGAUGAAUGGCCUCGGCGGAAGAUCCGUCUUGAGUGCGGCCUUGAUUUGCCUACCCGCAGCUUUCAUCUUGCAGCGCCAUCUCUUCCCAACGAAGACAAGCAAAAUCAUCGAGUCACCCAAGCAAACGGCCCUCUCCUCCCUCUCAUCAAAGGAGCUCUCAUCCCUACCCUACCCUCCCGAUGCCCUCCCAGGAAGUCGUGACGUGCCGACUCCUUACGGCAAUGUUCAUGUCUUCGAAUUCGGUCCGUCGACCGGCGAGAGAGUCCUGUUCCUCCAUGGCUUGUCGACGCCAUGUGUUUCAGCUUCCAACACCGCGGUCGCUCUCGCUGCCAAAGGCUAUCGAGUGAUGCUCUUUGACCUCUUCGGCCGUGGUUGGUCGGACACGCCAGACCCUGAGGAGUUCGAUUACGACGAGAGACUCUUCGCUAGCCAGAUCAUGAUGGUUCUGGCGAGCUCAGAGGUCAGCUGGACGGGCUCGGCUUUGGCAGGAGGAAAUGGUGGUUUCCACAUCAUCGGUUACUCUCUUGGUGGAGGCCUGGCUGUAAACUUUGCAAGCUGGUUUCCGCACCUGGCCCGGUCACUGGUCUUGGUCGCCCCGUCUGGACUGCUCAAGCGGAGCGAUAUCAGCUGGCGCACGCGACUGCUCUACUCGAGGUCCUGGCUGGCGGAAAAGCUGCUUCACUACUUCUAUAGGCGCCGACUCGAGCCCAAGUAUAUCGCCAUAGAGGAGGGCAGUGAUAGUGACAUUAAGAAGACUGGUGACCCCUUUGACGACGCGGUCAUAUUGCUAGCCCGGCCCGACAUCACGGCGGCAUCGAUCAUGUCAUGGCAUCUGCUUCACCAUGAGGGCUUCGUAUCGGCCAUCAUAAGCACUUUACGUUACGCUCCUAUUUACGAGCGGUAUGAGGAAUGGAGCAGGUUGGGCUCGAUGCUAUCUGCAAGAAGGAAGGAUCUUCGUCUACCAGGUCUGAUCGGUGGGAAGGUGCUGCUAGUCUUCGGUUCCUCGGAUGAGAUCACGCGGAAAGAAAAGAUCUUGCCAGAUGCGGAAGACAUUCUUAGUAGUGAUGCUUUGCGGGUAGAAGUACUUGACGCUGGACAUGAGGUUGGCAUCACCAAAGGUGCUGAAGUGGCGGAGGUUGCAAACAAGUUCUGGAUAGAGUCUGUGCAGCACAAAGCUAGCACAUAA